GUUGGUCUUCAAGUUGAGAGAAGUCAACUUAGGCGUUUCAUAUAAAGCUAUAUAUUUUUUUUGCCUGUUGAUUAACACAAAAGGGAACCAUGGUUAUGUUGAAGAUUUCUGCUUUCCUUGUUGCUUAUGCCCUGGUCAUUUGCCAGAUGUACAGCUCACAAGCAGCCCCCUCCAGACCGGGCAUAGAGUCCAUGACAGACCGAGUCACCCUUACGGACUACGAGGCAAGAAGGUUACUCAACGCCAUAGUCAAGGAGUUUGUGCAGAUGACAGCCGAAGAGCUGGAGCAGCAAGAGAAUGAAAGCAACGAAGGCAAUAGCAGCGUUACAGCACAGAAGCGAGCCUGCAAUACGGCCACCUGCGUGACUCACCGCCUGGCAGACUUCCUGAGCCGGUCGGGGGGCAUGGGCAACAGUAACUUUGUCCCCACCAAUGUGGGCUCCAAGGCUUUCGGCCGGCGGAGGAGAAACACCCAGAUGUGAACAUUCCAACAACCUUCAGGGAUACGAGGUUGAUCCUUCUUAACGCGAUGACAUCAGAACAUAUCUGGGGGAAAACAACAAAACAAACAAAGAGAAAAAACACACUGGCCCCUUCAUCCACUCCCCCACAUCUACAGAAAUAAACCCCUUCAGAUAUUAGGACUCCUCCUCAAUACCAUAAUGUUAUGAAACUUUAAUUUAGCUUUUGGCAAACCAGAGAAAAAAAGGGGGAGAAUGACGGCAACCUCCAUUAUGUACAUUGACAGCUGAAUCCCCAAAUCCCAAAGAAAAUUUCCAGAUUCCUUUUUUUUUUAUACAUGAAAUUCAUUUAAAAUGAAUUGGAAAAAAGCACCAGUGCUUAUUUAUUCUUAUUUAUUCUGUCUAUAGAGCACAUUUGUACCAUGUGAACCAUUCUCCCCGUCACUCAUCCCUCCCUGUCCCCACCGGCACCUGUUUGCUGUGCUGUGCCCUGCAGGGAUCGACAUUAAAGAUCAGCCUUCCCUAGGCUCCCUCACAACGGCUGUGUCUUGUGCCUUGAUGUAAAACACUUUACAUCACAUGACUGUAUAGUAUGUAUCAAGAUUAUAAGAAGACUACGAAGAGAAUGUCACCGAAAAAAUAUUCAAGAGAUUAAUAUUGUAACAAUUGUGAAUUUCAGCAAGAUUAAAAUGUAUUUUAGAUACAUUCGG